CAUGUGCUGCGCAGCCCAGUAACCAGGGACGACCGCGGCUUCCGAGCGCCGGCGGCUGCGGCGCCCAGCCCCGCGCAACUCCGCGCCGUGGCCGCCUGUACCGCCGAGGCCUGGCCCUCGCCACCGGUUCCCCAAGGCCCCUCGAGCCGCUAACCGCGGUCGCACAGCCCGCCGGAGCCCCGCGCACGGGACGCGCGGGCACGGCCAGACAAAGGCGCGGCCCCGGCCCGGCCCAGCCCGGCCUGCCGGCCUCCGUGCGCCCCGGCCCGACCCAGCCGCUCCCGCUGGGCGCCCCAAGCGGGUCUGGCCCGGGGAGCGGGGGCCGCGGCCGCCGAGCAUGGGGAAAUCCAACAGCAAGUUGAAGCCUGAAGUUGUGGAGGAGCUGACCAGAAAAACCUACUUCACCGAGAAGGAAGUCCAGCAGUGGUACAAGGGCUUCAUUAAGGACUGCCCCAGCGGGCAGCUGGACGCGGCUGGCUUCCAGAAGAUCUACAAACAGUUCUUCCCGUUCGGAGACCCCACCAAGUUCGCCACGUUUGUUUUCAACGUCUUCGACGAGAACAAGGAUGGCAGGAUCGAGUUCUCUGAGUUCAUCCAGGCACUUUCGGUGACUUCGAGGGGGACCCUGGAUGAGAAGCUGCGGUGGGCCUUCAAGCUCUAUGACUUGGAUAAUGAUGGCUACAUCACCAGAAAUGAGAUGUUGGACAUAGUGGACGCCAUUUACCAGAUGGUGGGGAACACCGUGGAGCUCCCGGAAGAAGAGAACACACCCGAGAAGAGGGUGGACCGGAUCUUUGCCAUGAUGGACAAGAAUGCCGACGGGAAGCUGACACUUCAGGAGUUCCAGGAAGGUUCCAAGGCCGACCCCUCCAUUGUGCAGGCACUGUCCCUCUACGAUGGGCUGGUAUAGUCCAGGCCCAGAGCUGGGAUGCGUGGGAACAGCUCGCCUCUUCCUGUGCCACGAGGCCGCCGCAGUCUGACACCGCCCCCGUGCCCACCCAGCCUUCCUCAUCUACACGCAGCCGGCCGCCCGUGAGCCUCCCGGCCGGUUCUCUCCCCCCCCCUCCCCGCACCCACCUGCCGCCUGAAGCCACUGGUUCCAAUGGUCAACAACCUCCGCUUGUCCAAAUCAGCGACGAACCCAAAUGGAAACGGCUCCAGCCCUCCGCCAGACCAAGGACUUGGCUGUCUCCCUGGGGCAGCCUGUGUCAUCCCUGCUGCUCUCCUGCGAGUGCGCGCUUUCUCAUUUCAAGUGGACACCGUAAAAGAAAACAAACUACCUUCUGUUCUAGAAGAUACUGACCCGCGGGAGGAGGCCUCUGGGUCUCAGAGAACUCCGUCUCUGCCUGGCCCUCUGCAAGCGGUGGCCAGGGGCUUGCAGCCCGGCCGUUAGCAGUGAGGCCGCUGGCAGACAAGGAUGGUUAGUGAUGCUGGCCCGUGUGAUAACAGUAUUGUGCGUUCCGUGGGGGAGAGUGAGGUUUUUUUUUUUUAUACUCAUAUAAUCGAUACCUUUUAUUUAUUGGUUGUUAACUAUUGCUGCUACCCUGUGUGUCUGAAACUCCAGGGAUGCUGGGCCUCCGUUUACAUGUGCAUACCCUCACCCACCUGCCCGCCUCACUUGGGAGGAUGGUGGCCUGCAGCGGCCAAGAAGCCAAAAAUCUCUUCCUCUUCUUUUUCAGAUACUGUGCUCCAUUUUUUGGAGAGGGGGAGGUGGGCGUUCCUAAGUGGCGAGUGUACUGUUCCCCAGCUUCUGCCCUGCAGUUCCCAGCCCUCUCCUUGGAGUCCAUAACACUUUCUUCAAGGACAAAUGGGAUUUUUUUUUUUUUUGCAACUCUUGCUCUGAGGUUCACAGCAGAGAGAAAACGGAGAACCUGGUUCCGGGAGUGGGAGCUGGGGGAGGGCACACUGUGUGCAGAGUGUGAAGUGUGGUCUGCAUCAGCUAGGGGUGCGUGUGACCCGUGAACUCCUGGGCUUUCCUUCCCCGUCUGCCUGUUGGCGGCAGACUGCAUGGCUUCUCCCUGCUUGGAGUCUGGGAAGGAGGGUGACAGGAGAGGACCAGGCUAUGCUGCGGAGGGAGGUUCUGCUCCUCCAGGACUGAGUCCAGAGCCAGGGGCAGCUCCGUUUCUGCCACCAGGAACACCAGGCAGCCGUAGACCAGAAGCAAGGAGCCCACGGUUGGGCUCCUCUGGGAUUUUGUAGUCUGCCCUCUCAGUCAGCGGGGCUAGGGGACCUGGUGGCUGGUCUCGCUGGCGUCUGACUCCCAGCCUGGAGCUUGGGUUCCUGCGCCUGUGACACUGUUUUGUGGUUGUGUUUGCGAGGCCCUGAGUGUCUGACGGCACCCCAUUUAGCCCCUCUGUAGCGCCCGCUAGUCUCCUGAGCUCCUCUGGGGCUCGUCCUCACCUUGGGCAGCUUCCUCAGGUGAGACAAGGCCUCCCAGCUACAGAGAGGCAGGCCUGGACCACAGUUCUUGCUUCUAGUGUAUGUAGCCUCUCUGGUCACCAUCGAGAGGGGGGGGAAAUGGCCCCUGGAUUUUGUUCUGCUCCCUCCGGCCCUCCCGUAAUGUCCACUAUACUCCUGGGAGGCCAAACUCUUCCUUGCUAAUGACCUGUGGGUGAGCAGCUGUGACUGGAGGAUGGUGUCCCCCAUCUGGAGGUGGCUUUGUCCUGCCUCUGCAUUCCGCCGUCAGCUGCAGGCCGUUUUCCUGGAGGCUUCUCUGGGUCAGCUUCCCGCCAGGGCCUCUAGGACAGGAAGUAGAUGUGGUGACUCAGGUUAAGAGGGCGAGAGUGGACUCUCUGUGGUCUCUGGAACCUCGGUUGCCCUCUCUCACAGCGGCACGUUGGGUGAUGUCAACUCAGUGGGUUCCUAGCUGUGGACUGUCAAGGUUUAAGCACGGGUUUCACCGAGUCUGUGGGCCCAGGUUUCUUCUCGGCCAUCUUGGCUUUUUGGUUUGCAGCCUCAAGUGUGGCGUUUUUUGGUCAUUGCAGUUUAUGUCCUUGGGCCCAAGCGUUGGAGACAGCUCUGGGCUGCCUUCUUCCUGGCAGGAUGCUGGACUCUGUUUCCAUCCAAGGGUGCGGGCUGACUGCCUUCCGCCCCUCUUUCACCAGCCGUUAGCUGUGGCACACAGCACGCCCAGAAUCCGAGGCUGGGCCUCUUCUGAGCGGCCGGAGGGCCUCUUCCCAAGUUCAUUUCCACCGAGCCCCACCCCAUCUGAUGCUGCUUUCUUUAGGGGUGUGGCCCAGCCUGUGAGGCCCUCUGCAGACCCUCCCUCCUGGGGCCAGGAUGCUGUGCCCCCCUCUUCUUCCAGGCAUUUGCUCCCCACUUUGUGUGGAUGGUGACUUAUAGCUCGUCACGACUCUGUGAUAUCUAGCCAGGUUUAAAAUAACGAGGCAUAUGUGUGUGGCAUUGGCAUCUCUUCCUUUAAAUGCCCUGCAGUUUGGCAGUUGAUUUCCUGUGAAGACGCAUUUGGGCCUUCGGGGACAUUGUCUCUUCUAGGGGAUGGUGGAGUGUAGGGUGCCUGGGGUUCCCUGGCAUCUCUCCAGAGAAAGCCCCCUACUCUGGCCAAGCAGAAAGCCAAGGCGAUUUCCUCCCAGCGUUAUUUCCUAAUUUACGUGAUUCAAGGACUACAGGGCUCCCCCUGGUGGUGAUGAGCUGUAGUGUCGCCUGGGGGCUGCAGUGGUCCAGAAGUUGAAGGCCAAGGAGGCUGUGGUCCAAGAGGCCCUGGUCCCCUAGCCGGACAUAUCUGGCAGCGUGUCUCCCACCUGCCCCUCUAGGUCAUCUGGGACUGGCGAGGUAGUUGGCAAAAGGGCACAGUGGGAAGCUUCCCCCCAACUUUAAUUUUUUAAAAAAAUAUCUGCAGAAUAAACCCAAUGGUUAAUUUUUGAAUGAAUAAAAAGGCUUUUGUUGAAUAAACAGUUGGUCCCAUCUCCUGUCUUGGCACUAGGUUCAGGUUUUGUCUGCUUCCUAGGGUGGGGGUAACACCCAGCAUUCUUUGUCACUCUAUCCCUGGACAAACUCAGUCUCCAAAUCCCUCUGGGACUUUGGGGGAGUCACCUUACUCAUUGGAUCUGUUUCUCUCUGCCUCAGAAGGAGGUCAGCCACCUUGCAGGGGUACCAUGAGGGCUAUGAGUAAAGCAGCUAGAGGCCCUGCAGGGGUGACAGGCUCCUGAAGGGCUUUGGGUAACUUAAAAACCGAAUCCAGGGAAGGUGAUGUUCUGGCUGUGGUGUUCCCGUCCUUCCCUGCUUGCGUUUCCAGCAUCCUCGAGUCUUUUUUGGGGUGCCGUCCUGUCUGUCGUGUGGGGAGAAAGGGAGACCCUGGCCUGGUGGUGCAGGCCAGGGGUGACGGGCUUUGUCGCAUGUCCAGGCCUCCGCCCUGCUCCUGCUGUAUGUUGUCUGUGUCUGGCCAAUUAAACAUGCUUCCUGGACCUCCCCA